AUGCAGUACAAGACGGUCACUUUCCUCGCCUUGGCCUCGUCGGCCAUGGCCUCGCCUCAGCUCCGCCAGAGGCAGGACAGCAGCGACUCCGUCGACGUGAACUCUAUCGUGUCCGUCCUCUACACCGCCCUGCCGACCUCGCUCCUCGAGAUUGCUAUCACCAACCAAGCGGCCGUUUCCUCGAUUAUCGCUUCUGAGGUCGCUGCGGGCACUCCCGAGCCCUGGAUCUCAGCGCUGCCCAGCGACGUCCAGAGCUAUCUUGCCGCGGCUGCGACUGCUGCUGCAAGCGUCACCGCUGCACCCUCCGCCACCGCCACCGCCAGCGGCAACGCCACUGCCUCUCUUUCCUCCGCUGUCUCGAGCGUCGUUGCUGGUAACUCGUCAUCCAACGCUACUGCCACUCGCUCUUCUUCCCGCUCUUCUUCGACCUCUGAGGCGACCACAACGUCGGGAAGCUCUGAGAGCUCUGCCAGCGGUAGCAGCGGUGCUUCUUCCUCUUCCACUGGUGGUGCUGCUCUUCCUACCGCUCUCGGCGCCGGCCUGGCUGGUGUCAUUGGUGUCGUUGGUAUGCUUGCUCUCUAA